AUGUCGGUGUCGGGGCUGAAGGCUGAGCUCAAGUUCCUGGCGUCCAUCUUCGACAAGAACCACGAGCGGUUCCGCAUCGUCAGCUGGAAGCUGGACGAGCUGCACUGCCAGUUCCUGGUGCGGCCGCCGGGCAGCGCGGCCUCGGCGCUCACGCUGCACUGCAACAUCACGGAAUCGUACCCAGCUUCCUCACCAAUAUGGUUCGUGGACUCUGAUGACCCCAACCUGACAUCAGUUCUGGAACGUCUAGAAGAUUCUAAGAGCAACGGUUCGCUCCGCCAGCAGCUGAAGUGGCUGAUCUGUGAGCUCUGCAGGUUGCACGACCUUCCCAAGCACCUGGAUGUGGAGCUGCUCGACCAGCCGCUGCCCACGGGCCAGAAUGGAACCACAGAGGAAGUGACGUCGGAAGAGGAAGACGAGGAGGAGAUGGCGGAGGACAUCGAGGACCUGGACCACUACGAGAUGAAGGAGGAGGAACCUGUCAGCGGGAAGAAGUCGGAAGACGAAGGAAUCGAGAAGGAGAACUUGGCGAUACUGGAGAAGAUUAGGAAGACUCAAAGGCAAGACCAUCUCAAUGGCGCCGUGUCCGGGUCGGUGCAGGCUUCAGACCGGCUGAUGAAGGAGCUCAGGGACAUCUACCGCUCGCAGAGCUACAAAGCAGGGUUCUACUCCGUGGAGCUCAUCAAUGACAGCUUGUACGACUGGCACGUGAAGCUUCAGAAGGUGGAUCCUGACAGUCCUUUGCACAGUGACCUUCAGAUCUUAAAGGAAAAAGAAGGCAUAGAAUAUAUUUUGCUUAACUUCUCUUUUAAGGAUAACUUCCCGUUUGAUCCUCCAUUCGUCCGCGUGGUGAUGCCGGUUCUCUCCGGAGGGUACGUGCUGGGUGGUGGCGCGUUAUGUAUGGAACUCCUCACAAAACAGGGCUGGAGCAGCGCCUACUCCAUCGAGUCUGUCAUCAUGCAGAUCAACGCCACCCUCGUCAAAGGCAAAGCCAGGGUGCAGUUCGGAGCCAAUAAGAAUCAAUAUAACCUAGCAAGAGCUCAACAGUCUUAUAAUUCCAUCGUACAGAUACACGAGAAGAACGGCUGGUACACCCCUCCGAAGGAAGACGGCUAA